UUAUACUUUCCUUGCAGAUUAAGUACAAUAAAAGAGAAAAUGCAUCAGGAACAGUCUCCACCAAUCAUUCAAAAUGUCAUAAAAACAAUGCCACCACCCCCUUGUCCAAAGUGUCCAAAACUGAAUGAGGAAAUUAUGUCUUUAAGGAUAGCUUUAAGAGAUAAUGAAAAAUUAAGAGAUACUUUAAGUAGUGAUUUAGAAAGUCGAAAAGUUAUUAAUGAAGAUUUAAAACGAGAGCUUCGUAAAUUAAAUGACAAGAAUAAUGAGCUUGAAGAAAGUCUAAGUGAUCCAAGAAUAGUAAGUGCUGGUGUAUACAGUCCAAAACUGAAGACAUUAUGUGAAAAGUUUAGAGAAUCUCUGUAUAAAGAUAUAGAUAGUGCUGAUACCGGUUCUCAAGAGAUGCUAAGUAAUGUCUCAACUGUUACAAACAAUUGUUCAUUUACUGUACCUUCAACUAGUGGAUUUGUUACCAACAACAGAAACCAGUCACAGUUAAGAGCAUUUUGUAUGGCUGAGGAUGAAGCAGAAAUGUUGAGCCAAAGCAGUAUAUCUGAAAUGCAAAGUGAUACUCCUAAUCAGAGACUCAAGGAAAUUAAUAGGCGCAACACUUUGUGCCUGCCUCACCUGAAGAGUCAAUACCCUCUUGAAUUGAACACAACACCUUCGCAGCAUAAAUAUUUUCGACCACCGGCCACGCCAUCAUGUUCAAAAGAAAGUAAUCAUUUGGCCAAAAAGCGCAAAAUUUCCAAUGCUUCAUCAGUUCGCUCUUCAUUUGCAUCUCUCAUGUCAAAGCCGUCAACUUCAGGAAUAAAGUUUCAUCAUUCUUCUACACCAAAAGUGAAGAAUUUCAUCACUAAAAUGCACAAGACCAAUACGAGUGCUGCCAGGUUGCAUAUCCGCCGCACAUCUAAAGAUUCCACGCAGAAGUGAAAAUUUAUAUUCCUGUUAUCAUUGUCGUUGUAUACAUAUUGAUGUGUAAAAAUUUAUGCCAUUGUUGUUCUUUUUUUUUGUCAUUGUUCCUAAAAGCUAUUGUGAUUGACACUUCAGGCCCUCUACUGUCUAUCAUCUUUUAUUUUGCAGUUCGAAUUUGAUUUUGUUAUCUUAAAAUUAUUUUAAAUUUGGAAUAUUUGAAUGAAUCUUUUUGUCCAUUGAGAAAAACUGUGCAAGCACAUCUGUUGAAAGUUACGUAUUUAGGUAAACAAAGCUAAAGUUACUUGCUAUGUAACAUUUCUUAAAGAUAGGACACUUGAUUCAAAAUGAAGGCAGCUGCGGAGGGCCUAGAGUAAGAUUUAUUGUACUUGUGUUCUUUUUUUUUUAAAAUCAUUCUCUUGAUAUUAAUAAAGAUUAAAAAGUAUAUGUAAAA